CCGUGAGGGCAAUAGUUACAGUUUUCCAGGAUAUAGUUUUUUAAAAUAAACGAUCUUUUCUUUUCUUUUUUUUGGUUGAGAGUUAAGAGAUAACGGACGUUUGGAAACAUGUUUUUAAUCCGAUAACUGAAUCCAAACAAUGGCGGAGGUUUUCAUAAUUAGUCAAGGGUUAAAAAGAGGGCGUGUCUGUUAUGAUGUGAUUACCCGGGUCAUUGUAAUGAUAAUGACAAUAAUCAUAUUAAUGAUAACAGUAAUGACAUAUGAUUUUGUGGCCACUCGGCGGUAGUAGUUGUGAUCCAGUCGGUGGCGGUGCUGCUCCUGCUCCUGCUCCUGCGUCUCUGUCUCCCCCUCCUGUCCUCAGCACCAGCCUGCGUUUCCUUCUAUUAUUUUCCACUCACUUUCUCGCAGUUUAAAAUGGCGGCGUUGAGCAGCGCCGAGUCUCCACCGCCCGUCUUUAACGGAGACACCGCGGAGCGGGAGCCGGACAGAGAACGCGGCCUGGAGGAGCUGGGCCCCGGGCUGGACGCGUCCUGCUCGCCGGGGAUUCCUGGGUGUCCGCAGGAGGAGGAGCUCUGGAACAUCAGACAGAUGAUCAAGUUGACACAGGAACAUCUGGAAGCUCUUCUUGACAAGUUCGGAGGAGAACACAAUCCUCCCUCCAUAUAUUUAGAGGCCUAUGAGGAGUACACCAGUAAGCUGGAUGCUCUCCAGCAGAGGGAGCAGAAGCUGUUGGAGGCCAUGGGAAACGGCACAGACUUCUCCUGUUCUCCCUCGAUCACGCCGACCGUUCUGGACGUCAAGACGGGAGGCUGCGGCGCCGGGGGCGGAGCCCAGGCGUUCCCGUCGGCUCCCAACACCCUGGCGGUCCUGCAGACCCCCACAGACACGAACCGAGCCAACCCUCGUUCACCGCAAAAACCAAUCGUUCGGGUCUUCCUGCCCAACAAACAGAGAACGGUGGUACCAGCCCGCUGUGGAAUGACUGCCAGAGACUCCCUCAAGAAAGCUCUGAUGAUGCGAGGCCUUAUCCCAGAAUGCUGUGCGGUUUACAGAAUACAGGACGGAGAGAAGAGGCCCAUUGGCUGGGACACAGACAUCUCGUGGCUAACUGGAGAGGAGUUACACGUGGAAGUGCUGGAGAACGUGCCGCUCACCACACACAACUUUGUGAGGAAGACCUUCUUCACGCUGGCCUUCUGUGACUUCUGCAGAAAGCUGCUCUUCCAGGGUUUCCGCUGUCAGACCUGCGGCUACAAGUUCCACCAGCGGUGCAGCACGGAGGUCCCGCUCAUGUGUGUCAACUACGACCAGUUGGACUUGUUGUUAGUGUCCAAGUUCUUUGAGCAUCACCCCUUCACCCAGGAGGAGGUGUCCUCGGAGGGGACGACUCCUGUGUCCGAGGUCUGUCCGUCACUCCCUCCGUCUGACUCCAUGGGGUCCAUAUGCCACUCCACUGUAUCGCCUUCCAAGUCCAUACCUAUCCCGCCCAGUUUCCGGCCAAACGAGGAAGACCACCGCAACCAGUUUGGUCAGCGGGACCGUUCGUCUUCGGCGCCAAACGUCCAUAUCAACACCAUAGAGCCUGUCAACAUUGAUGACUUGAUUCGAGACCAGAGUUUACCGAGGUCAGAUGGAGCCCCCCCGACCUACCCCGCCCGCUGCUUGAGGAAGCAUCGAACACGGACCUCAAGCCCCCUCCUAUACUCCUACCCCAAUGACAUAGUGUUUGAUUUUGAGGCUGAGCCUGUUUUCAGAGGCUCCACCACGGGGCUGUCGGCCACGCCACCCGCCUCCUUACCCGGGUCCCUGACCAAUGUCAAAGUUCCACAGAAGUCACCGUGCCAACAACGGGAGCGCAAGUCGUCGUCUUCGUCCGAGGACCGCAAUAAAAUGAAAACCUUGGGCAGAAGGGACUCCAGUGACGACUGGGAGAUCCCUGAAGGUCAGAUCACCCUGGGUCAGAGAAUAGGAUCUGGGUCGUUUGGAACCGUCUACAAAGGAAAGUGGCACGGGGACGUGGCGGUGAAGAUGUUGAACGUCACUGCUCCAACGCCACAGCAACUUCAGGCCUUUAAGAACGAAGUCGGAGUCCUCAGGAAAACGCGUCACGUGAACAUCCUGCUGUUCAUGGGCUACACCACCAAACCCCAGCUGGCCAUAGUCACCCAGUGGUGCGAGGGCUCCAGUCUGUACCACCACCUCCACAUCCUGGAGACCAAGUUCGAGAUGAUCAAGCUGAUCGACAUCGCCCGGCAGACGGCCCAGGGCAUGGACUACCUCCACGCCAAGUCCAUCAUCCACCGAGACCUGAAGAGCAACAAUAUUUUCCUCCAUGAGGAUCUGACGGUGAAGAUCGGUGACUUCGGCCUGGCUACGGUCAAGUCGCGUUGGAGCGGCUCGCACCAGUUUGAACAGCUGUCGGGGUCGAUACUGUGGAUGGCUCCUGAGGUGAUCCGGCUGCAGGACAAAAAUCCCUACAGCUUCCAGUCCGACGUUUACGCCUUCGGCAUCGUGCUGUACGAGCUGAUGUCAGGAGCGCUGCCCUACUCCAACAUCAACAACAGAGACCAGAUCAUAUUCAUGGUCGGCCGAGGUUACUUAUCUCCUGACCUCAGCAAAGUGAGAAGCAACUGUCCCAAGGCCAUGAAGAGGCUGAUGGCUGACUGUCUGAAGAAGAAGAGAGAGGAGCGCCCCCUAUUCCCACAGAUCUUAGCGUCCAUUGAGCUGCUGGCUCGCUCGUUACCCAAAAUCCACCGCAGCGCCUCGGAGCCUUCGUUAAAUCGAGCCGGCUUUCAAACGGAGGACUUCAGCUUGUACGCCUGCGCCUCGCCUAAAACGCCCAUCCAGGCCGGCGGCUACGGGGAGUUUUCGGCCUUUAAGUAAGUGCUGCAGAGCCGACGCUUCGUCCUCGUCUUACGUUUUUUUUACGUCUGUCGUCCCUGGAGUCAUUCAUCACUGAAACAACGGAACAGAUCAACACUGGGCCGCACCAACGGAAGAAAAACGACCUGAAUAUCAAACAGAAACAAAAACAUCUGGGACGGGAAGGAUUCGGACCGACACCUGUCCACCUGUAGGAGGAGACAAAGACAGAAAGUUGAAGACGCGACAGAGAAACGGCAGGAGAGGAAGUAAAGUUCACUAACAUGAAGCUGAACAUCGUCCAGCGGCGUGGGCCUCGAGACGUGGGCCUCAAGACGUGGGCCUCGAGACGUGGGCCUCGAGACGUGGGCCUCGAGACGUGUCCAACGCAGUUCAACAUAUCACCAUUAGCAAAUUAUUUUUAUUCGCUUACAAACACUGUCAUUGAUUCCCACGAUCGGAGCUGCGAUCUCUAACCGUUAGAUUUGCAGUUCGUUAUUUUAAAUUCCAAAAGGUCACA